UUAGGUGUGUUUAUAGAGGGGUUCAGGAAGACCUGUGAGGGCCUCAGGCCCUAAAUGUUAUGUGUCUUUGAUUAGGUGUGUUUAUAGAGGGGUUCAGGAAGACCUGUGAAGGCCCCAGUCCAAACAAUAAGCUGAAGCAAACUUGUGCCGCGAAGCUCAAGAAGGUGCAGCAAUUUUUGAAGUUCAUGGCGAAGGAUGAGAAAUAUCCAUCCACUCUCAGUUUCCUGGCACGCCAGGACAACAUGAGGAGAUGGUUUCAGACCCUUCAGCAGAACAAGGCCGUCGCCACGGUCAACCACUACACCUCGACUAUCGGUGCGUUUCUCCAAUACUCCGAGGAGACCCCUCCGCCUGGCUGCCGGCUGACCAAAAACCACUGGAAGGAGAUCAACCGGGCAAUGAAGGAGAUCAACAAGUCCGUGAAAGGAGCCAUCUCCAACAAGGAAGGCAAGGGGGUGUCUACAAAGAGCCUGCUGGAGGGCAAGGGGGUGUCUACAAAGAGCCUGCUGGAGGGUAAGGGGGUGUCUACAAAGAGCCUGCUGGAGGGCAAGGGGGUGUCUACAAAGAGCCUGCUGGAGGGCAAGGGGGUGUCUACAAAGAGCCUGCUGGAGGGUAAGGGGGUGUCUACAAAGAGCCUGCUGGAGGGCAAGGGGGUGUCUACAAAGAGCCUGCUGGAGGGUAAGGGGGUGUCUACAAAGAGCCUGCUGGAGGGCAAGGGGGUGUCUACAAAGAGCCUGCUGGAGGGCAAGGGGGUGUCUACAAAGAGCCUGCUGGAGUGCCAGUCUCUUGCCAAGGACAUGAUCCCCCGAGUGCUGAAAACCUUGGAAGAAACAAUGACACAGAGGAACCAGAACCGGUUUUACGGAUUCCUGUGUGCCUAUUUCACCUCCAUGUACGGCCACAGCCAGGGCCUUUAUAGAAACAUGAUGGUGAAGGAGGUGGAGGAGGUCCAACGUGGCCUGUCUGGGACCUGUCUGAUCAACGUGGGAAACGCAAAACAAAUGCAAACCAGGAUCCAGAUGUCGCUGACCAAAGAGGAGUACUCUUGGUUUUCAGACUUCCUGAAAUUUAAGCACUGCCUCCCAGGGGGAAAGAAAGCCCGGUACUUCUUUUUCAAUUCCACCAACACUGAGAUGAAGAACCUGCCCGUCUACCUGAUGGAGGCGUGGAAGGAGAUGGGCCUGCCUGGACGCCCUACCUUCACUGACCUGCGGACUCCCAUCUUCAGUCAUGUUAAAAAAAACGUUCUCCCGAAUGCCGACGGGGAGACGUUGGCCGACUUCGUGCGCCACGACAGCCGGAUGGAAGCCAAACGUUACGCGGUGAAUCCUUCCAAAGCCGGUGAAACCAGCGCCUUCCGUGAGACAGGUGUUGAAGGGAGAAGAUACCGCACCACGGGCGCGGCAGAGAACCAGCCAUCCACCUCCAGAAAGCAGAAGACGAGAGAGGACGUCUCCGAGCGGAGCACCACCCCUGAAGAGACUGAGGUGCAGUACUAGGAGUCUGGCACGUCCCCCCGGGGAAGAGGAGCAGGAACGGACGGCCAGACAAACUCUAGGAAAAUAAGAUAUUCAGAGACAACGCAUCAGAUUACACUUGUACACCGUUUAACACUCAAGAACAAACAGAUACUCGGGCAGCUGGUGGUCUCCUCCGACUGCAUGUCGUCGCUCGCCUCCC